AAACUUUACUUUUAAUUUAAUAUCCUAUAAUUUUAAAGAAAAGAAACAUUUUUAUAUUAUUUUCCAUAAUGUUUUAAAACAAUUUGAUAUUAUCUCGAUAAAAGAAAGUGUCAUUAACUUACACGUUAACUCCCACAUCCGUAAAUUGUUUUAUUGGGCAAAACUGCCUGAGUUAGAGAGUAUGGUUUUAAUAACUGAAUAGAUCAUACUUAUCCAAUAAAAAAUGUGGCAAAGUAUGGUGAACAUGUCUAAAGAAGAAUCGGUUCAGUAUUUACGAAAUUUGGAACUGGAGGCAUAUUCUCAUUUAGUAUCAGCUCUUAGAGCCCAAGGUUCUCUUAAUUCUGACAAGAAGAAACUACUAAAUGAUACUGGAAUUAUACUGAACAUUUCCCAGGAAAGACAUAAUGCUGAGAUUCGAAGAGCCAUUACUGAUGAGAGGCUUAAUACAGUUGCUUUUCAUGUUUCAGGUCAAAGUGAGACCAUAGAUGAGUGGGCACAAGAAGGAAGAAGAGCAUUUCCAUUAAUUGCCAGAUACACACCAGAAACAGCAUAUACAUGUGUUGCAGAUGAAGUUGCUGAAAGUGUAAACCAUAUGAACAAUCAAAUACCUUCUUCACAAUGUAUAGAUCAGAAAAAAAUCGUUAAUUUAAAUAGUUUCACCUUAACUGAUAGUGGUAAGCCUCCAUUUCGGAUGCCUGAACCACCAAAAAUGGAUGAUAUAAAAAAGAGGAAACUAUCACCAGGAGAAAGCAGUAGUUGCUUAGCACAACAUCUGUUAGGACCUUCUAAAAAUAGUAAAAUACAACAACUUUAUAGACAAAGGUCAAAAUUAAAAAGUAAAGAAUCUUGUAAAUUGAAGGAGCAGGAACUCCCAAAAUCAAUGUUUAUGAGUGCUGCAGUGAUGCAUCCCAAAAUUAAUGUCUUGCAAAAUAUCAGUUUGCAACCUCCAUCACCCACUGAAGACCCAAGUAAAAAUAAUAUGAAUCAAAAUGAACAAAACACUGUAAUUGGAAUUUCUAAUGAAAAUCAGGCACCUCACAAUAAACUAAAUAGUAAGCCAGUAAACAUGACUUACAAACCAUUGCCUAUUCCAGGAACUAGCAAUGACCACCAAAAAUGUCUAAAACUUGCUGCUCCCAAGAAACCUCCUCAAAAGCCUGGACAAAAAUUGAUUGUUGUAUCAAAUUCACCAACUGUUCCUUCCAACAGUGUGCUGCAGAGAACGCUUAAUAUUCCAUUUGUUAAGAGUUUGCCCAUGAAGAACUUUGAAAAAUUCAAGAUUGUAAGUGCAACUAAUCCAAAUCCACUCCAAGCACCAACAACAAACAGCAAUAACUUAAGUUCUGUCAAACACAAAGUGGUGACAGUAAGAACGAAUCCAGCAACUAAGAAAGUUAUACCAUUAUCACAAUUACAAGUAUUGCAUUCAAAAGCAAACAUCAAAGUCCUUCCAUUUGGAAGUAAAAUAGUAGGUAAAGCAGUUCCUACCACUACUUCAUCGAUGUACAUAAUGAAUUCAAUGAAUACACACUCAACAUUAACAAGGGAAUCUGUUCCACCUGUAAUGUCAACUGUAAAAACUGAUUGUGUAAGUCAUUACACAUAUACAAAUAAUGCAAUUCAAAAAUCUGACAUUCAACCUCAGUAUGAAUUACUAAAACAUAGAGAUCAUCAACCAGAGUAUGAUUCAACCCAUAAGGCUGAAAUUCACUCCCACAUUUUAACAGAGGAAAUACAGGUUCAUCCACUUGAAACAACCGUGAGUAAAUCUGAGUACAAUUUAAUGGAAAAAUCUGAGGAUGGUUUACUGAAAAAACGUGAUUCAUUAGAAGAAUUUGAAGUUCAACAUGAAAGCACUUCAUUACAAGAACAAGAAGUUCCAGCUAAUUCAUUAGAAAAAUCUGAAAAGGAAAUUGUGUAUGAUUCAUCAGAAAAGCCGCAGGUCGAAAUUUUAUUUGGUUCAUCAGAAAAGCCUGAGCUUCAAGAAGACUGUGAUAACUUUUUAGCAAAACCAUUUGAAGAUGAGACAUUAAAUGAAGUGCAUGUUGUUUGUGACUUGGACAUGUCCAAUGAGUUGGAGAUUCCACAAGAGAAUUGUAGUGAACAAAAUAAUUCCCUUCAGCUUGACAUGCUAGAUGAUAAACAGGUGAUAUAUGAAGGGACUACUGAAACUACAAUACUGUAUGAUAAUAAUGUAAUAUCAGAGGAAACGGUUCAUUCGCAAGAAGAAUCGGAUAAGUCUUCUGAAUUGCAAAAUUCAGAAAUUAUAGAGAAGAUGGAAUUUGAAGAAAGUAGUGUAAUUGAUUUCGAAAGUAAUUCUAUUUUCAUGAAUGAAGUUAUUUGAGUUUAUUUAUUGUAAAUGUACAUAUUGUAAUUCUGAGUAAUUGGUUUAUAAAGUCUUAAACCAUUGUGGUGAAUAUUAAAUGUGUGUUGUAGUAUUGAACAAAAACAUAUUUAUUUGUGUCUGUCGUAUAUUUUUUUUAUAAAAAAAUAAAAUGUAUAUAAUUAUAUAUAUAUAUAAAUAUAUUGUUUACU